CCAACUCUCUGACUGAUCUCCUUUUCGGGGAAAAUGGAGCGAGUCGAUAGUUUGAUAUCGUCCAACCCCAAGUAUGUGGACUGUGCUCUUGGGUCUAACGGUUCAAGCAAGAGCGUGCCGGUGACACGGGUCCCGGAUCAGUACCCGUCAGAAUAAUUUUGUCACAGCCACGUCUUUUCUCGCUUGAUCUCUGAUGACGUUCCAGCUCCUUCAGUUAAUACACACGUCUAGUCUACACAGGGCUAUCCUACACACACCCGCGUCUCUCGUUAUCUGUCGUCUAUGUCAUCACAAUCUUUAUCGUGAAUCUUGCAACAGUUUUUUUCAGGCAUUCAGGCGCCGCCGAAAGACUCGACGUGAAGAUGCACCGACGGCCCACCCCGCAACACGUCCGCAGCGCUGGUCCCCUUUUUGAGUGCCCGUCGUACAUGCUUGGCCAAUCCCCUAGUCCCGCAGACUGUGCCCGCGUCAGUGUAUGCACGGUCAGCAUCGACGGGAGACACGCACCGUUCACGGCCAUGGCACCCGACGCCGCAGCGACCUCCGUGCGCAGCAGCUCGUCAAUGUCCGGCCGCCCCUGGCUCACAGUCACACACUCGAACCGCCGCAGGCGCCUCGCGGCCGUGACGGAGCUGGUGGGGCUGGCGGGGACGUCCUUCUCGUCGUCGUCGCCCGCCGCCACGUCCUCGGUGCCGUCAGUGUCUUCCAUGUUGCGUGUGACGUGGAUGCGGAUUUCGAGACCGAGCGUCUUGGUAUCGAGGUCCGCGAGCGCAGCGGAGAGUAGAGGUGCUACGGCGUCGAUUUGGUCAGACUCGCGCACCGACCAGACGAAGACGACUCGGCCGCAGCAUGGAUUCGCGUUCAGUCGGGCAGCGCUGGAUACUCUGUCAGCAGCUGGACGCUCGAGAGGGGGAUCGAGACAUACCGUGCGAGAUCGAGCAGCAAAGGCAGCGUGAACGACACACCAGAUCCACCCGCAAUGAGCAGCACGGACGAGUAACCGAGCGCCGUGGGCGGUGUGCAGUACGGCCCGUCGACGAAGGCAUUGAAGCGUGCAGGGCCCUUGGCAGCCGCGGCCGCAUCCAACAACCGAUUCGUGAAUCCGCGGUGCACACGGAUGAAGAACACCGCUUCCUUCGUGUACCCGGGCGACGGGACCACUAUUGACGACGAGGACGAGGACGCGCUGAGCUCGCCCUGCUUCUCAUCGCGAGACGAGUUCGUGGAGGAUGCGCUGGCGCUGGUGUCGAGGCUGGCAAUCGAGAAUGGGUGCGCCUCCCAUGGCGUGCGGCUGACGCUGGGGACAGAGAGAUACGCAAUCUGGCCAGGGCUCCAGUGGACCCGAUUGGGGAGCAGCACUGAGACCCGCAGCAGCUUGGGCGAGACGACGUGCACGUCCGCCUCGAGUGCAUUCGCCCGUGCGUCGGAUUUGCCGAGGAAGUGAAUGUAUCCGCUGUUGGCAACGAACGUCCGGAUGAACCGAAGGGUUCGGUCGAAACCCCAGAUGACGAACGAAGGCCAUAUCUCGACUGCCUUACUGUGGAGACGCGUGAGCUUGUGGAACGGAUCACCGACGGCACUCUUACUUUUUCGCCUUCGCGUGGUAGUAAGCUCCGACGAGAAGGACGCUGUCUUUGAAAUGAGCAAUGAGGAAGGCCUCGUAGCUUCGCUUCCGGACUGUCCGCACAGAAAAGACGCAAAGAAGCGUGAAGGGAACCGCAGCAGCGAUGCCCCAUCGGAACCAUCCCUCCUGAACGUUUUGGGCGUUCUCUCCAUUGCCGAUGCUAUGCUUGAUGUCAGACUCGUUGAGAGAAAAGGAAGUCUGCCUACGCGAUGUAAACCUGGAAAAUUGCGUUAAAGAUGAUCUAGCAGAGGGGCCAAUUAACUCACUCGUCCGGCUCCGUGGAUCCAGAUCAUCACACAAAGGGCCCGUGCGACCACACGAUGCAGAAGAUUCAUCUUAAGAAGACGUCAGCUGGAUCUGAAAAGCGAAACGAGGCGCGAACAGCAAGCAAACGAAAACGCCGAGCACCCACAUCCGAUUAUGUUGUUCCUCAUCCCGAGGGCAAUCAUCAGCGGGAACUGAGUCGCGGCGAUAUCACCGGUCCGGUUGCUCCAGUAAUUGACGAGCAGAACCUGGCCCUUCAGACUAGUCGCUGUGUCCCAUCAGCACUGCGUAGAUCACAGCGAUAUACCCGCAGGCCAUGAACAGCUCCGCCAGGUCCAACGUGUAGCCGCCGAACGAAACUGUCGAGUAGAAUGCCAGCCAGCGGAAGAGAUGUGUCGCAGCCGCGGGUAUCCGGGUCAACGUAACGGGUCCCCUUGCACGCGCAACAAACGGCGACGAGCGGCGGAACCGGCGCACAAGAAUCGAUGUCAAGUUCACGAGUGUGAGGAGAGCGAUGCAUGCGGCGCAGAAGUACCAGAUCUGAUUUGGGUACUCCUUGUUUCGUGCUUUCCAUAAGACACCGUCAGGGUUGGCCUUCUUCGCUGGCGCCGCAGAGUGGGAGGCGGAUGCAGAUGCGGCGAGAGUCCUGGUGGCAGAUGCGGCGGCGGAGAGAAGAGAGGUCGACAUGUCUCUUCAGCAAGAACUGGGGGAAGAGGAGUGGCCUCUAUCUCCCUCGCCCGAACCGCUUAUAUUCGCGUUUUUUUCUUCGCUGUCGUCUUGGCGAGCUCGCAUUGGACCGGAUUUAGGGUAAUCUGAUUAGAUGAUCACGUCAUAGAUUUAUCUGAUAACCCUCGCCCCAAAAUCUCUUGGUCCCGGUAGAAGCUUGUUCCGGAGGGUUCUGGGCCGCGUCUGGACCACGCGAGGGGCUUUACUGAGGCAAGCCAUGCCCCCAGUUGAGGUGCAGGGGCUGCCCAACAAACAUGAGUCAAUGACGCGUGCUCUUGGCUACGCCCGCAAGCUGCUUCUACUGGCCCCGAGCGCCCUUACGUGUGCG